UGAAUGUGCAACUAAAUCGGUCGGACCGCUACGGACGCACAAAUUCGCGGUUGCUCUGCUUCUCCCGCGGUUGAUCCUCCCGCAGUUCCGCGCUUCGUUACCGAGUGUCAUUUCAAGGAUCGUGUAGAGGUGUUCUUUUUUUUCGGCAUAUUGGAAGAGUUAAUCGAGUUUCCAGGCCCUUGAUACUGUGUGCCAAUCAAACGGAUCAAUGCAAAUUCAUCUCAAUUAGGUUCAAUUUGUGUGCGAGUUGUUUUCCAAGGCAACUAGAGGCGAGAGACUGAAAAGUCGCAUCAUCAUUCUACCUCUGUGCCACCUGUAUGUCUGGUGUUGCUACAUAAGGGAAAACCUGAACCAGUUAGCUGUCUGGUCUGGUGCGGUGGCCGAGUAGGGAUUCCCACCGAGCGGAUUUACGACGUCGAAUUUCCGCAGUUUGGUGGCAGACAAACCGUAAACAUUACCACCACCAGCUCCGAGGCAGGCGGGAGGCCAAAGUUCGUCCGGUUUGGGCCCGGUGUGAGUGCGUGUGUGUCUAGGAGGGACGCUCCGGACGCUGGGAAGAUAUAUAAGUUAGUUUGUUUUAUUUGGAAGUCAUUAAUCACAGCAGGAAGCAUCCGUGUUUGCCGUGCCCUGACUUGCUCUCCCAUAGGGAGUUGAUUUACGCGGAUGUUUUGCUACAGUUUAAAUACCGGUGGAAAAUAGCAGCGUAGCCCUUUCUCGGUUCUAAGGUCGAGGAUUUAGAGGGGCAUCAUCAAGUGCGAGUGCAAGUGUGCUAUAUAUCUAAGUCGAAUUGCAGCCAAAGUGAGAAACGAAGAAUUUUCCCGUGUGUUUCAUGCGGGAUGCCAGUGCAAGUGGGCCCGAUGUGAGCUAGAGGAAAACGGGUGAAAAUUUAUGUAUGAUACCUUUCUCGGUGCACUUAAUUUCAAGGGAACCACUCUAGACAUCGUGACCAGAGCGAGAGGAGAACCCGUGACGUAUAAACAAAUGUGAAAAUCUCGGUCUUAUCUUCCCUGCAACGAGGAGAUAAAAAAUAAGUACAAUCUCCUUCCGGCUGGAGUCCUGUUUAUCGCAGUCGAUAAAAAUUAAAUCGUAAAAACCAAGCUGUGAAAAUGAUGAUUUAUUUUACACGCCACUGAAAGAUCGAAUCAAUCUCCAUCAUGAUGGCGAAACACACCACACACCAGUAAACAAAUAAUCACAACAAUUCAAGACGGAAAAUAAAACCAACCCAAACGGAAAACGAAAUCAAAUCUUCCAAUCGAACCAAGCUCCGGUAGAACGGAAUAUGAAAUGUGGUGUUUGCUAGUGCUGCUGCAGAUCUUUCUUGUAAAAGAAACAGCCUUCGGAAUCAAGCUGUUGGAUGUACGAGUGCCUAAACACACCGUCAAGGAUCUCCCGGUUCGACUCGAGUGCCACUACGAGAUGGAAGGCGAUGCGCUGUAUGCGGUCAAGUGGUACAAAGACGGCAACGAGUUUUACCGCUUCGUGCCACGAGAUGAUCCGCCCAUCCAGGUUUUCGACCUGAAAGGAAUAAAUGUAGACGUACAAAAUUCAUCCAACGACCAUGUCGUGUUGGAUCCAGUCGAGCUGGCUUCCAGUGGGAAGUAUCGAUGUGAAGUAUCAGCCGAAGCUCCAUCCUUCCAAACCGUGUCCGAACAUACGGAGAUGACAGUCGUAGUUCUUCCCGAUGAAGAUCCGCACAUAACGGGUGGGAAGCCCCGCUACCAGAUUGGUGACUACGUGCGGGUUAACUGCACUUCCGGUCGGUCCAAACCCGUAGUACAACUGUCCUGGUACAUCAACAGUGAUCAGGCAGACCAAUCACUGAUACGAAAGUAUGAGCCCAUAAUUUCCGGCCCAGACAAGCUGGAAACCUCCAUCCUCGGGUUGGAGUUCCGUGUCAAGCCAAAACAUUUCAAGCGAGGCGACAUGAAACUGAAGUGUCUCGCCACGAUCUCGACCGUCUACUGGAAAAGCAACGAGGAAAGCGUCGAAGGCGACAAACCGCAAAAGGCCCCGAUGCUGGAAUCGCGGAAGGCUGUCGCUUCCAACACCCGGGCGGAUCGCGUUCAAGCUCACAACGGCGCGCAAAGCAAAGGUCCCAGCAGCAACAUGUGGACGACACUCGCUGCUCUUUUCAUCGUCAUCGUGGCAUCGUCGUCCGUCAGUGGCGCUUGUAGCACAAACUUGCUCCAGAGGCAGCGCCACUUUAGCAGUCAACUAGCCCUUAGGUAACUAGAAAUCAUCGAACCUACCGAACGAGCUCGGUACACACACACAGACACAUACACGCCACUAACUGAACAAAUGUAAUUCAAUUAAGUAAAAAACCAAAAUUUUAACUUAAAAGUACUACUUAAGAGGUUAGGAUUCAUUCAAUUCAGAACAAAAUUCAAUUGGAAGAUUAGGUGAACAUAAGCAAGUUUCAAAGACGAGGUUAGGUUUUUAUCUUCAGAGAAAUGUAUGCGUGAGAGAGAUAGUCAGAGUGAUUGAGUAAAAGUAUGAACGGGAGAGUGAAGUUCCUUACCGGACUGUUGUUUUAGAUAAUUAAGUUAUGGAAAAAUUAAAUAAUUCAAGAUGGAUUAUUAUUACGAAUAUAUACAUGUAGCAACGAUAUGAUGAGGGUAGUGAGGAUGAGCAGUUCCAUAACUGGCAUGCAGCGAACGAGACAUAGGAUUACGUGACAAGUCCGGAAAAGCGAGAAUAGAAUGUAAUUUAUUUAAAAUGGCGAAACUUUCCCAUUUCGUACCCAUGCAAGUAAAUCAAAUUAUUUUGACUUCAAACAGUAGCUAGCAAGCAAAGGCGAUGGGAUUAGAAAAAGAGGAGCGGCGGUAAACCGGAAGCUCCGACACUAAUGAUUUCAUCGAGGUAAAUAUCUUCAUUCGUUACGAGUCCGACCAAACCCGCACGAUAGAUAGCUAUACACUUUCAGUUGAUUUAGACAAAUAGCAUUAUCAUUUCAACGUACUCUGUAAAUAAAGCCGAUUUGCGCCCUACUUGAAACCACCUCCCUCCUUUCUUGAUCAUCCAUCGUAAGGGUGUUGUAUAACAUUUUUUAUUUAGAAGCCCCAUUCCUUCACAGGAAAUGGCGAGAAGCGUGCACGAAAUCAGGAAAUAGAUUUUCCUUCUCCUUUCCGAUCUUUCCAACUCUGGGCCCGACCAAAUCCAACUACCGCAACUCAUUGCGUGUUUGUUUCAAACACCUUCCUAAAGCCAACCCCCCGUGUAAAUCUAAAUAUCGUAAGGCAAACCGAAAACCACCGCACAUCCUUUCCCUCACCCUCCCUCCCGGGAUAGGAAAAAGUAUUUCCCUCCAUUCAUUGCGACGGUGCUGAUUUUCGCUGCCAAAACCGAACUCAACCGUGCUGCUGGAAAUUUAAAAAUUAAAUUCGACAUCAUGCUGUCGAUAGCUGUUACCGAUGAAAUAUUGAAAAUAAUACUGUUAUUCGGAUCCCAAAAACCGUAAAAAGCUACCGCAGAUACAGUUACCGGAACCCACCUCCACACGGGGCCCAGAAUGGCACUCGCACAACACAAUGAAACCCACGUUUAUGUCGUUGAAUUAUGGGCUGCCGGCCUGAAUCUGUUCCGAUCGAGAGGGAAGCGUGGGGUGAAACAGGAAGGUUGAUUAAAUUACUUAUUGAUUACAAUUCAGAAACUCGGGCUAGCCUUAAUUAGAGGGAAGGUUCACGGCGGAUCCAAUUCUAUUCUGUGAGCUGUAAUAUGCUGGUGUGUCCGCAUAUUCAAAUUUAAAUUUAAGGUAUUUAAUGCAUUAUAACCAGUGCUGAUAUUGACAAAAUUGUUCGUCACAUAGUCACUGACAGAGUUGAUCCUCAAAAAAACCUUCGUCAAAAUCGUAUUCAUUUUUUCGUCAUUGACAAAGAUUUACCUGGUCACAUUAUUGUUAUCCAAGCAGAUCAGGACGUAGAUGCUUGUUCACUUUAGCGGCUCCAUGUAAUUGUGUUGCUCAAGUGAUUUAAUUUCGUUACAAAUUUUGUUAAUAAAAAAAUCUACACAUGUUCGUCAUAGACAAUUGACAUGGUUUACCUUGACGAUGACUGUUACAGGGUGGCCAGUAAACUGGGAAAACCGGGAAAUUUACCAUACCAUAGGAACAAAUGAUUUCACCAGAAUUUCCGAGUAAUCCAUUAAAACAUUUAAUGGUAAAAAAUUCAAUCACUCAGUAAUAUUUCAAAUUGAUUUUUGUCGUUUCAAUUUCAGAUGCAAUGCGCCUUAAAAUAAAAUAUUGAUGAUGCUGGACUUUGGAAACGAAUAUUUGUAAAAACCGAAUCUGAACUAUUCUUUUCCGGGGUGUUAAAUUUUCGUUAUUGAAAAUUCGAUAUAAAUUCCAGAACUAACUUGGAAUUCUGCUCUGAAUUAUCAUGGAAUUCUUCUGGAAUUAACCAGAAAACACUCCGCGUGUAAUUACCGUUGAAUUCAUGUUGAACUUCCUUGAAACCUCUUUUAGCCCUGUAACGUGGGUAGAUCCCCUUUUCGUGGUACGUUACGGGAUGUAAGAUCUACCACCGAUUCCUAGUCCUGACUACUCCAAACUAGGGGAACAGGAUUUUUAAGUAAUCCAAGGAACACAUCUUGUUACUUUAGAUAGUGACAAGACUUGGCUUUGUCCACUGAGGAUGAUCUUGAAACAAGAAAAAAAAAUGAGUUAGGUAGUCUUCAUCUAUGUGAUUUCUAAUCUUCUAUUCGUUGGUCUCUAGUUUGAAGUGGUUAAAACUAGGGUUCUGAUGCAUGGUCAUUAACGGUGUGUCAUUCCUUAAUUUUGUUGCUAAGGAAUCCAAUUUUGAGUGACAAAGUGGGAGGGUGUUUCAACACUCUGAAGGGUAUAAAUAGCGGGACCUUUCAAUUAGAGUCGGAUCCUUGCGAUAAAUGCAAGAAUGACAACUGUAAAAAAAAUCGAAUACUUCAUCAUUUCUCAAUAGUGAUGGAGUAAUAUGACAUGCACUAAACUAAAGACACGGGAUAUACUACAAUAGAUCAAAUUACAGGUCACAAUGGUGUUAGGUCCCGAACAGAGGAAAAAAAACCCUUCUAAGAAUUUGAUUGGAAUCCUUCUUAAAAUUCUCUUGAACUUAUUCGGAGACUUUGAUUCCUUUGAAAUUCUUUUCAAAAUUUUCUUUUAAUUCUAUUCAAAGCAGCAAAUCUUUUGAAAUUUUAUUUAGAAACCCCUUGAAGCAUUUUAAAGAAUUUCCUUUUAAUUAUCAGCAUUUUUUUGCAAUCAAUUUUGUUGAUAACAGAAUAUUUCACACUAGGGUUGAAAUUAUCCCCAGAACACUAUUAGAAAUCUGUUCCUUGUUGAAUUUCCAUCAUAAUUCUCUUAGAAUUCUCCUUCAAAUUCAUCUGUCAUUUUCCUCAAGAUCCCCGUACAAAUCUCCUCAGAAUCACACACUUAGAAAUACUGAAACAUACACGUGACGGAAUCCAUAUUUGACAUAAAGGAUGAGACGUAAACAAACAUGUCAUGUAAAAUGAAGUGCUUCGAGACUGAAAAGUUCGAAAGUACGUUUGAUUGAGCUGAAUUUUGCGUUUAUUAUGACUCAAUUUUAUGUAAAAAUUGAUGCUUGUAUAUGUCAGUCUCAGAGCACCUAAAUUUACAUCAAUUUUUCUAAGUGUGCACGUAGGAAUUUUCCUUUAAGUUUUUUUUUUUCAAAACUCCUUUUGAAAUCAUCUAAAAUUACCUCAGAAUUUACUUAAGAACUUGCAUUCCUCUCCACAGAAAUCACUCCAAAUUCUUCUAUCAAUUUUCUCUUUAUGUCAGAAUAAUGCUCCUGUGAAAAUUAUGUGGGAAUCCUCCUCAAUAUUUGUUUGAAAUAAACAAUGUCAAUACUUUUAAAUUUCACUAAAAAUUCCAAGUCACAAAAAGUCACUAUUUCUUAAAAUUUUAUCACUAUAGUCACUUUUUAUGACUUAUAUUAAGAGUAAUGUAUGAUGUAUGAUAAUUGUCUACCACUCAUUGAGGCACGGAAACUUAGUCCGAAAGCAGAGAGCGCUUCUCACUGUUUGAUUUGAUCAAGCUUAAUAACCUCUGAUUAUCUUCAACAUGUCACUGUAUGAAAGGCCGAAAACGGUUUUGAUGGAUCGAUAGGUAAAUUCACCUUUACGCCUCCACAGGAUGAUAGAGAAUCUCCUUCACAAGCUCAAAACACGAGCCGUCCAACAGAAGGAUACCCCAAUGAGUGUGGAGAAGCCCUUUCCACGAGAUGUUAACAACAGGGAGUUGACAAUUUCACUCUCCCCAUCAAAAUCGCUUCAAUU